AUGGAAAAUAAUUAUCCUAUCAAAAUACCACCAAAACUAAAGAAAGCCAAAAACGCAACAAAGGAUGAACUUCUAAAAUUGGAUAAAGAAGAAUUAGUUGAUAGAAUAAUACAGUUGGAAGCUCAUAAUGCACAGUUAAAGAAUAUUAUUAGUAAAAAUAUAUCUGAAACUGAUGAAACUGGUAAUAAAAAUAAAAGGCAGUAUGACUUUUCAAAAUGCCACCAUCGCCGAAUACUACUAAAGAUCCUGUACUUUGGAUGGGAUUACCAUGGCUUAGCAGUCCAGGAAGAUUCAACCCAGACCAUAGAACAUCAUUUAUUCAAAGCUCUAGUUAAAACCUGUCUUAUAGAGAGUAGGGAAAAGUCACAAUAUCAUAGAUGUGGACGGACAGAUAAGGGAGUUAGUGCUUUUGGUCAGGUAAUAUCAAUAACAGUAAGGAGUAAACACCCAUCAGAUAUACAAAAUCUGGCAGAAUCAUUAUCAACUGAGAUAGAGUAUUGUAAGUUAUUGAAUCGAGUUCUGCCUAAAGAUAUUAGAGCUGUUACAUGGAUGCCAAUACCAGAUGAUUGUGAAGCCUACAGUGCCAGAUUCGACUGCAAAAAACGCAAAUAUAAGUACUAUUUCCCAAAAUCCUCGUUAAAUAUUUUAGCAAUGCGAGAUGCUUGCUCUCGCCUGAUUGGUUCUCACGAUUUCCGCCAUCUUUGUAAAAUGGACGUUGGUAAUGGUGUUACUCAAUUUAGGCGGCAAAUUUUGACAGCUGAUAUAGUAGCCAUCAAUGAAGGUGGUGAACCUACUUCUAUGUAUGUGUUAGUCCUAGAAGGCAAUGCAUUCUUAUGGCAUCAAAUAAGAUGCAUCAUGGGUGUCUUACUACUUAUAGGUGAAGGAAACGAGGAGCCAAGGGUUAUUAAUGACCUACUUGAUGUAGAAACAAAUGAAAGAAAACCACAGUACAACAUGGCUAUAGAUGUGCCGUUAAAUUUAUUUGAGUGUACAUAUGAUUUGGAAAAAGCAUCUAAUUGGGUUUAUACAGAUGAAUUAAAAUGUGUUAUAGAGAAUUUACAAAAGAUGUGGGCAUUGCAAAGUGUAAAAGCAACAAUGAUAAAGGACUGUAUUGAAAAUUUAGAAAAUGUUCAUUAUACAAUAAAUAAAAAUAAGAGUGUGACAGAGAUGGAGAAUUGUGAAUCAAAUGUUGUAGGAAGAGAUAGCAUUAUGGUGUAUUCUGAUGGCUUAACUCAAGGUGUUAAACCCAGAAUAUAUGUUCCUUUGUUAAAAAGGGAAGUUUGUUCAAGCUUAGAAGAGCGGAUAGAGCAUUAUAUGAAGAAAAAAAAAUUGGAUCAUAAUAUUAUAACAUAA